UCCGUUCACCGCAAGGCAUUGUGGGAUUUUAGGACACGGAAGAGACCGAGUAGUAAUAGUAGUGGAGAUAGAUGUGUUUAUAUUAUUCAACUUGAAAGCAUGUUGGAGUAGUGAAGGCUUGCUGUAGUUUAUUAAGCGCUAUAACCGUUCUCAGGACCAAAGUGCGAUUUUUCAGCUUUCCAGCAAAACACUGAAGCUCUGGUCACUGAGUUAAUUAACAAAGAGGCGUCGCAUGGCAUGAGGAGCAGCUGCAAGACGAGUAAACAUCACCUUCAGCAUCAUUUCCUGACACGUGUUCGUAUGUUCACGGCGUUUUCACACAGGCAAACCAGCCUAAGAAAUGUUAAUAUCAUCCUCACUGGUGAAGUUAAAAAAAAAAAGGCAGCUCAGUACUGAUUUCCAUAUCCUUAUUUUUGACAUGGCUUAACUCCGUGUAAAGUCCCAGCAUCAGUGUUGUUCAAAGCUCUUUAAAUGAACUCUGCAGCAGAUAGUUCAUGCUCUUGGACACAUGCUCCUGAUCCUGCUGUCUCACAGCAUUGUGAGGAUGAGCGCAUAGAUACUGAUGUGGGGAACUCAAGCUCCAUGGAGCAUGUCUCCUUUGUGGAUGAGCAGAAUGCAGGAUUCAAGAUGAGGCCUCUAAAAGAAGAGCCUGAAGACGAAGAUUAUCUCUGUGGAGGAACAUCGAGCUCUGUUGGACACUCCAUCCAGAACACUGAAUUUCUGAAGAAUCCUAUAAAAGUGGAAGAUUUGGAAAAUGAAGAGGAAGAUUCUCACUGUGAAGGAACAUCGAGCUCUGUUGGACACACAGUCCAGAAUGCUGACUUUCUGAAGAAUCCUAUAAAAGAGGAAGACUUGGAAGAUGAAGACUACUUGUACUGUGAAGAUUGCAAAGUCUUCUUCAUAAACAAAUGUGAAGUUCAUGGUCCGGCUGUCUUCAUCCCUGAUACUCCUGUUCCCCUGGGCAUCACUGACAGAGCCAGACAAACACUCCCACCUGGACUAGACAUACGGGAGUCCAGUAUUCCUCAUGCGGGUCUGGGAGUGUUUAAUGAAGGGGAGACUGUUCCAGUUGGUGCACAUUUUGGACCCUACCAGGGAGAUCUGGUAGAUGGAGAGGAAGCUAAGAACAGUGGGUAUUCCUGGGUGAUAUUUAAGAACAGACUGCAUGAGGAAUACAUAGAUGCUAAGAGAGAGGUGCAUGCUAACUGGAUGAGAUAUGUGAAUUGUGCUCGUAUUGAUGAGGAGCAGAACUUGGUGGCUUUUCAGUAUCGAGGGGGGAUUCUGUACCGUUGCUGUCGACCCAUUAAUCCAGGACAGGAGCUGUUGGUGUGGUAUGAUGAGGAAUAUGCCAAAGAUCUUAGUGUUGUCUUUGACUACCUCUGGAACAAAAAGUGUUCUCCAAAUGAAAUCAAUGACAGCCUGUUGCAUGUCUCUUCGUGCUCCUUGUGCCCACUUUCCUAUACGUCAGAGAAGACUCUCCACAGACACAUGAGAAGAUGCCACCCUGAACAGCAUGUGAAACCAACUGAACCGAUUACGCACAAUCUGACACCCACAGUAAGCUUCAGUGUUGAACAAGUAUCCUCUGGUACUCUCCUCACUAGCAGCUCUCAACAACAAAUGCAGAAAGAACUGCACAACUGCUUAGAUUGUGGAAAGAGUUUUCUUCUUCAAAGUGGUCUACGACAACACCAGCGUGUUCACAAAAGACAGAAGUCGUAUCACUGUUCACAGUGUGGGAAGAGUUUUAAUCUUGAAACUGCUUUCAAACGACACCAGCGCAUUCACGCAGGAGAGAAGCCGUAUCACUGUUCACAAUGCGGAAAGAGUUUUACUCAUCGGAGUACCUUCAGGCUACACCAACGCAUUCACACAGGAGAGAAGCCGUAUCACUGCUCACAGUGUGGAAAGGGUUUUGCUCGUAAGAGUCAAGUCAAACUACACUAUCGUAUUCACACAGGAGAGAAGAUGUAUCGCUGCUCACAGUGUGGAAGGAGUUUUACUGAGAAGCGUAAUCUACGAACGCACCAACGUAUUCACACAGGAGAGAAGCCGUAUCAGUGUUCCCAAUGUGGAAAAUGUUUUACUCAUCGGAGUACCUUCAAACUACAUCAACGCAUUCACACAGGAGAGAAGCCGUAUCACUGCUCCCAAUGUGGAAAGAGUUUUUCUCAACAGAGUUCCCUCCAAAUACACCAGCGGGUUCACACAGGAGAGAAACCGUAUCUCUGCUCAGAAUGUGGGAAGAAUUUUACUCACCAUAACAGUCUGAAAAGACACCAGCGCACUCACACAGGAGAGAAGCGGUAUCAGUGCUUGGAGUGUGAGAAGAGUUUUACUGAAAAGCGUAAUCUCCAAAUACACCAGCGCAUUCACACAGGAGAGAGACCGUAUCAGUGUUCACAAUGUGGAAAGGGUUUUACUCAUCAGAGUCAUGUCAAAGUACAUGAACGCACUCACACAUCAGAGAAGCCGUAUCGCUGUUCACAGUGCGGGAAGAGUUUUGCUGAAAAGAGGACUCUCCAAGCACACAUGCACAUUCACACAGGAGUCGAGUGGUAUUGCUGCUCACAGUGUGGGAAGAGUUUUACUGACAAGUCUAAUCUCGAAACACACCAGUGCCCUCACACAGAAAAGAAACUGUAUCAGUGCCAACACUGUGGAGAAGAUUUGACUCAUCCAAGUGAUGUCAAACUACAUGAACGUGUUCACCAGUGGCGGCUUGCCAAUGCGGAGCGCUGGGGCACCACCCCCUCUCCAGAUAUCUAGAGAAGAAAGUCUACUUCAACAUGUUAAAUAUAAAUUCAUUGUAUAAUGCAAAGUAAUUGUGAAAUAUAAAUUGUUUACUCAUACAAUGCACCUGGUAGUCUGUCAGCAUUCAUUAUAAAUUGAUUCCAAAUUAAAUUUGCUUAACUUCUGUGUGAAUACAUAUGUUUCCAGGCUAAGAGCGCUGCCCAAAUGAGUGUCUGUGAAAGGCCUUUUGCAAGCAGGUGACCUGAGACUGUGCUCCAAUUGCUUGCUUUCAUAUUUUACAUGGGAUUCAGCGUUCUCUGCCCCAGAUACUCUAACUUUUGUUAUUGGCUUCCAUUUUGUAUUGUAUUUUUUUCUCUUCUCCUGUGAUUGGACAAUUCUCAGCGCUGUGUUUAAAGUUCAGACCUGAGAGCGAGAACACGAUCACACAUUUUGGAUAUAAUAUUAAUAGAAACUUACUUUUCCCACAAAAAUUAGUUUGGAUUUGGUGCAUGUUGUCAUACCUGGGGAAUAUCACUGAAUUUGGAUGAAUCCCCCCCCCUUCAGGUUAGAGCAUUAAUAUCGCUGAAGUCAUUUAUCUGAUUUGGACUAUUUCAGACACCUGUAUCGCACCUUGUAUAUGUGAAGCUGUGUAUAAAAUAGCAGUCCUCUACCUUUUAAAAAUUGUGGUUUCUACAGGUCUUCAAAUUUGCUACCAGAGGUUGCACAGUCUGCCCCCCCCCCAGCAUUCUGUUACACUUCAGCUACGCUCUUGAAAGUGCACAUUCAUAGAGACAUAGCACCAGAUAUUUACCUGAAAAAAAAAUUAGAAGGACCUAGCUCAAGUAGUUUUCUCGAUCUUGCAGUUUUAAAGUGGCCCCUCAAUAAACCAUUAGGAAUUACACCAUUAGGAAGUAUAUCCUCCCCUUUCCAUUUUUAGGCAAAUCUGACGGGGGUUCUUAAAUUUGAUGAAUUGUGAUGGAAUGACCCGUAUGUUAUCUCGGUAGUAAAAACUUACAUGGGGACUUAGAUGUUGGAUGCUGUACAUAAUCUAAGGUUAAUAAUAAACACGUUUUAAGAACAA